AUGCAGAAGAGAACGGGGCGGACCUUCCCCUGGGAGUCAGUGGAUGACGGUUUACCAUCAACAAACUCGCAGCAGGAAGCUAUUGAGAUUAGGAAGCAAAUGACCGAACUUCUCAGACGUGAAGGAUUCUACCUACACAAAUGGUUAACAAAUGAUCCUGAAGUGUUAGCUACGAUUCCAUCAGAAGAAAGAUCACUGAAAUUGUUAGAGUUGACUGGUGGUAAGCUACCAACCGACCGUGCGUUAGGAUUGAUUUGGGACGCAGAAGAAGAUACCUUGAAAUUCACGGGUCCUGCUGGUACACCUGGGAAAACCAAACGGCAGAUCCUCAGCCAAUCAUUCUCUAUUUGGGAUCCACGUGGGCUGGUACUUCCAUUCUCUUUCAGAGCUAAGAUGUUGUUACAGAAAUUGCAUCGUAAGAAGAUCGAAUGGGAUGAUGAAAUCAAUGAUGAUGAACCGAAGGAAUGGUUCUCGUGGUGUAAAGAAGUAAAAGAAUUGAGCAAUAUCGCGAUCCCAAGGGUCCUUAUGGGUAAGCCCUGUAAAGAUGAGUUCAGAGAUUCAUGUUUUCAGUGAUGCGAGUCAAGAGUCCCAUGGAGCCUGUGCGUAUCUAAGGUGUGAAUUCGAGGAUGGGACGGUCGAGUGUCGACUUAUUGCCGGAAAGGGUAGAGUGGCACCCUUAAAGGUUCAGCAUAAUCAGCAAUAUGAUACCUUACUUCCCAUCGUCCCCUGCACGCAUAAACUAAAAGCUGGAAUUGCCUAUUGAUGGGAGCUUUAAUCGGAGCGAGGUUAGCGGAGACUGUAGUUCAAGAACUGACAAUUGAGAUCAAUGCUGUUGUAUUCUGGAGCGAUUCGACUACGGUACUACAUUGGAUAAAGCAGAUAAGUUCUAGCUACAAAGCUAAUUCGUAGGAAACCGUGUUUCUGAGAUCCAUUCAGUUGUUCAUGAAUUGGAAACCAAGUUGGGAGCAGAUACGGUGAGUUGGAGAUAUAUUCCUACGGAUGUUAAUCCUGCUGAUGACAUCUCUCGUGGGUCAUCACCAAGUGAGUUGACCAUGGAACACCGUUACCUGAGUGGUCCGGAGAUCCUAGCCUGAAGACGGAAAGGGGAAUUGGCCAAUGAAUAAAGUGAACCUCCCAUCAGAAAGGGACACGGAAGAAAGAAAGGAAACCAAGUGGACAGGUACUUUUUAAGAGUAAACACCUUUAAUCAGUUGGAAUCGGUUUUCGUAUCUGAAAAAAGCUAAGACGAGUGAUGGCUUAUGUGCUUUUGUGACCAACUUAAGAAAGAAAACGGACGCGCGUAUGUUUGGACACCUUUCGAUCGGCGAGCUCAAUGUAGCGCAUGAUUUCUUGGUAAAGAAAGUGCAGUCGGAAUCGUUUGAAGAAGAGUUGAAAGUAUUAUAAAAGGGAAGUGACGCCUCGAAACGGAGCAGAUUAAAAGCUAUUGAUCCCAGGAUUGAAAGAGGGUGUUUGGUUGUCGGAGGACGGAUUAAUCGAGCAGCAAUUCCUUACGAAUCGCGACAUCUGGUCAUCUUAGAUCAAAAACAUCAUCUAACACACUUAAUAAUUUAUGAGAUGCAUUGUGAAUACCAUCACCCUCCCACGGAACAUCUGCUGAACUUGAUUCGUCAAAAGUACUGGGUUAUUCACGGACGACAAAUGGUACGAAACCGAAAAUUUAAGUGUGCCUAUUGUCGAAGACAAUCAGUUAAACCACACGUGCAAAAAAUGGGAAAUCUUCCAGCUUGUCGAUUAGAAGCUGGUGUGGUAUUUCAGAACACCGGAGUCGAUUUCGUCGGACCGAUGUUUGUCAAAGAAAAGCAGUCCACCCUCAAAGUUCACGGUUGUCUUUUCAUUUGUAUGGCUACUCGUGCGUGUCAUCUGGAGUUCGUGCAUGACCUUUCUACCGACCAUUUCCUAAUGGCAUUAAAACAUUCAUGGCCAGGCAAGGACGGCCAAAACGAAUCUACAGUGAUAACGGAACAAACUUUGUCGGGGCUGACAACGAGUUAAGAGCCUGCCUUACUCAACUCGAGGAAGAGAAAAUACAUAAUUCGCUGACACUGCAGGGUAUAGAAUGGAAUUUCCAACCACCUUUGUCUCCUCAUUUUGGUGGUGCGUGGGAAAGAUUGGUCCAAUCUACAAAGAGAACCCUGAAAGCUAUCCUGAACGGUUGUUGUAAAGGAGGCGCUCAGAACGGCGUUGGUAGAAGUUGAAGUAAUUUUAAAUAGUAGGCCUAUCACCCAAGUAUCUAGUGAUGCAAGUGACUGGGAGGCACUUAUCCCAAACCAUUUGAUCCUCUUGCGUGCUAAUCCAGCUGUUGCUGAUGUUCAUGUUGAAGAUAAGGAGAUAAACUCUAGGAAAGUGUGGAUACAGUCGCAAGCUUUAGCGAAUUUCUUCUGGAAAAGAUUCAUUACUGAAUACAUUCCAAAUCAAACGAGGAGGAAAAAGUGGACGGAGAAAGCUCGUAGUAUGAAAGUCGGGGAUCUAGUUCUUGUUGCUGAUUCAAAUCAAUCUCGUGGGAUGUGGCCAAUGGGACGAAUAACGGUAGUCUAUCCCAGAGCUGAUAAAGUGGUUAGAGUCGUGGUGGUAAAGACGCCACAGGGAGAAUACAAAAGAUCAGUCUAUAUGAUCAGUCUACUAUGUCUUCUAGAAGAGGUGAACAGCGAUGAUGGUUGUCUCGGUUGUUCCUCGACUGGGGGUGGGGAUGUUCCCGCUUCUGGGGACUGA